AAAUUGGGUCUGAAAUGUUCCCUCACACGUCUCCUUCUUCUAUCUUCUUCUCCGAUUGAAACUUAAAACUGUCUCUCGCCGGCGGUAACAUUUUCCGGCGACGAAACUUCUCUCCUUUACCGUAUCUCCUAAACUUAAUCCUCAGUUUCCAAUGACGCUUAACCGCUAAAACCUUCUUCUUCUUUCUCAAACGAGCUCCGAUCAUCUCGAGCUCUUCGUUUUCGUGUGAUUGAUCGGAGAUACUGAUUCCUUUCUUCAUCGGUUUUUUUUUUUAAAAAGCUUGAUUGUGACUUCCGCCGUUGAAAUUUUUAGAUGUUGGAUCUUAAUCUCGACGCUGAUUCACCCGAGUCGACUCAGUACGGUGACUCAUACUUAGAUCGGCAAACAUCAGACGGUUCCGCCGGGAAUCGGUUAGAAGAGUCCGGUACAUCGACGUCGUCUGUUAUCAAUGCCGACGGAGACGAAGACUCUUGCUCUACUCGCGCCUUCACUCUCAGUUUCGAUAUUUUGAAAGUCGGAAGCAGCAGCGGCGGAGAUGAAAGCCCCGCUUCCGCCUCCGCCUCCGCCGCCGGGGUUACUAAGGAGUUUUUUCCGGUGAGUGGAGAUUGUGGUCAUCUACGAGAUUUCGAAGGCUCAAGCUCUAGAAGCUGGAUAGAUCUUUCUUUUGACCGUAACGGUGACGGAGAAACGAAAUUAAUGGCUCCGGUUCAGAUUCCGGUUCCUACUCCGGCGCCGGUUCCGGCUCAGGUGAAGAAGAGUAGGAGAGGACCAAGGUCGAGAAGUUCACAGUAUAGAGGAGUCACGUUUUACAGAAGAACUGGUCGAUGGGAAUCACAUAUUUGGGAUUGUGGGAAACAAGUCUAUUUAGGUGGUUUUGAUACUGCUCAUGCUGCAGCUAGAGCUUAUGAUCGAGCUGCUAUCAAAUUUAGAGGUGUUGAUGCUGAUAUCAACUUUACUCUUGGUGAUUAUGAGGAAGAUAUGAAACAGGUUCAAAACUUGAGUAAGGAAGAGUUUGUGCAUAUACUGCGUCGACAGAGCACGGGUUUUUCGCGGGGGAGUUCGAAGUAUCGAGGGGUUACAUUACAUAAAUGUGGGAGAUGGGAAGCUAGGAUGGGGCAGUUUCUUGGAAAAAAGUAUAUAUACCUUGGGCUGUUCGACAGCGAAGUAGAAGCUGCAAGGGCUUAUGACAAGGCUGCAAUCAACACCAAUGGUAGGGAAGCAGUUACAAACUUCGAGAUGAGUUCAUACCAAAAUGAGAUUAACUCUGAGACCAAUAACGAAGGUGGCCACGACAAACUCGAUCUCAACUUGGGAAUGUCUCUUUCUCCCGGAAAUGCACCAAAGCAAAACGGGAGGCUCUUUCACUUCCCUUCUAAUACUUAUGAAACACAGCGAGGAGUUAGCUUGAGGAUGGAUAACGAAUUCAUGGGAAAGCCGGUGAAUACACCAAUUCCUUAUGGUUCCUCAGACCAUCGCGUUUACUGGAACGGAGCAUGCCCGAGUUACAAUAAUCCCGUCGAGGGAAGAGCAACAGAAAAGAGAAGUGAAGCUGAGGUGAUGAUGAGUAACUGGGGAUGGCAGAGACAGGGGCAAUUAAGCACCGUGCGACAACAGCCUCCGGGACCACAACCACCACCACCACCAUUGUUCUCAGUUGCAGCAGCAUCAUCAGGAUUCUCACAUUUCCGGCCACAACCUCCCAAUGACAACGCGGCACGUGGUUACUUUUAUCCACAACCUUAAACUUAUAAGAAAAAACAAGGGGACAUAUGAUAUGAGAAGAGUUUUUUUAAGCCUCUCUAUAGUUUUUACUUACCAAAGUCCCCUUUCAAAAACUGUCAUUUUGGGUAGAUUCCUUUUUUUUUUUUACAUACAAUGAUCCUUUUUUCCCCAAAUUUAGAUGAGAAUAUGUUUUAUUU